AUGGAUUUUGAUAAGAGAGGGGGCAAAGGAGACACAGAGGAAAGCAAAAAGAUGUCCAAGACGGCAGGGAGCAGGACUGGGCACGGGGGCCGCAGCUCAGGGACCAACUCCGGGGUGCUUAUGGUCGGCCCCAACUUCCGCGUCGGGAAGAAAAUUGGCUGUGGGAACUUCGGGGAACUCCGCCUUGGGAAAAACCUGUACACUAACGAAUAUGUGGCCAUCAAGCUGGAGCCGAUAAAGUCAAGAGCACCACAACUCCAUUUGGAAUAUAGAUUUUACAAACAGCUGGGAAACUCUGAGGGGAUCCCGCAGGUGUACUACUUUGGCCCGUGUGGUAAAUACAACGCCAUGGUUCUGGAGCUGCUGGGGCCCAGUCUAGAAGACCUAUUUGACCUCUGCGACCGCACCUUCUCUCUCAAGACCGUCCUCAUGAUAGCCAUACAGCUGAUUACGCGGAUGGAGUUCGUGCACACUAAGAGCCUGAUCUACAGAGACGUGAAGCCGGAGAACUUCCUGGUGGGACGCCCGGGCAGCAAGAGGCAGCACACCAUCCACAUCAUCGACUUUGGUCUGGCCAAAGAGUACAUCGACCCUGAGACCAAGAAACACAUCCCUUACCGCGAGCACAAGAGUCUGACCGGGACGGCGCGCUACAUGAGCAUCAACACGCAUCUGGGCAAAGAGCAAAGCAGGAGGGACGAUUUGGAGGCGCUGGGUCACAUGUUCAUGUACUUUCUCCGAGGUAGCCUUCCAUGGCAGGGCCUAAAGGCAGACACUUUAAAAGAGAGGUACCAGAAAAUUGGGGACACCAAAAGAGCCACGCCAAUAGAAGUUCUCUGUGAAAGUUUCCCUGAGAUGGCCACCUACCUGCGAUACGUGAGGCGCCUGGAUUUCUUUGAGAAGCCAGAUUACGACUACUUACGGAAGCUUUUCACAGACCUGUUCGACAGAAACGGCUAUGUCUUUGACUACGAGUAUGAUUGGGUUGGCAAAUCACUUCCCACCCCUAUAGGCCCCAUCCCGAGUGACACGCCGGCCCAGCCCAGCCGGGACAAGGCCCAGCAGCAGAGCAAGAACCCGUCGCCCGAAGCCAAAGGAAGCGAGUCUCAGCCCACGCCCGUGACCCAUAAGGAGACACUGGGCUCGCACCUCGCGGCUGAGCGCUUGGGUGGCUCUGUGCAGGUGAUGAGCUCCACAAACGGGGAGCUGAACACGGAUGACCCCACAGCGGGACACUCCAACGCCCCCAUCACGGCGCCCACCGAGGUGGAGGUGGCCGACGAAACCAAGUACGCCUGCCCUCUGCCACCCCCCUCUGCCACCCCCCUCUGCCACGCCCCUCUGCCACCCCCCCUCUGCCACGCCCCUCUGCCACCCCCCUCUGCCACGCCCCUCUGCCACCCCCCUCUGCCACCCCCCUCUGCCACCCCCCCUCUGCCACCCCCCUCUGCCACGCCCCUCUGCCACCCCCCUCUGCCACCCCCCUCUGCCACCCCCCUCUGGGCGGCACGAUUUGCAGUGAAAAGGCGGUAUAUAAAUAAAGAUUACUACUACUACUACUACUACUACUCUGCCACCCCCCUCUGCCACCCCCCUCUGCCACCCCCCUCUGCCACGCCCCUCUGCCACCCCCCUCUGCCACCCCCCCUCUGCCACCCCCCUCUGCCACGCCCCACUGCCACCCCCCUCUGCCACCCCCCUCUGCCACCCCCCUCUGCCACGCCCCACUGCCACCCCCCUCUGCCACCCCCCUCUGCCACACCCCUCUGCCACGCCCCUCUGCCACCCCCCUCUGCCACACCCCUCUGUCACACCCCUCUGCCACGCCCCUCUGCCACCCCCCUCUGCCACCCCCCCUCUGCCACCCCCCUCUGCCACGCCCCACUGCCACCCCCCCUCUGCCACCCCCCCUCUGCCACCCCCCUCUGCCACACCCCUCUGCCACGCCCCUCUGCCACGCCCCUCUGCCACCCCCCUCUGCCACCCCCCUCUGCCACGCCCCUCUGCCACGCCCCUCUGCCACCCCCCUCUGCCACACCCCACUGCCACACCCAUCUGCCACGCCCCUCUGCCACGCCCCACUGCCACCCCCUCUGCCACGCCCCUCUGCCACGCCCCUCUGCCACCCCCCUCUGCCACGCCCCUCUGCCACCCCCCUCUGCCACCCCCCUCUGCCACACCCCACUGCCACACCCAUCUGCCACGCCCCUCUGCCACGCCCCACUGCCACCCCCCUCUGCCACCCCCCUCUGCCACCCCCCUCUGCCACGCCCCUCUGCCACGCCCCUCUGCCACGCCCCUCUGCCACCCCCCUCUGCCACACCCCACUGCCACGCCCCUCUGCCACGCCCCUCUGCCACGCCCCUCUGCCACGCCCCUCUGCCACCCCCCACUGCCACGCCCCUCUGUCACACCCCUCUGUCACACCCGUCUGCCACACCCGUCUGCCACACCCCUCUGUCACACCCCUCUGCCACACCCCUCUGUCACACCCCUCUGCCACACCCCUCUGUCACACCCCUCUGCCACCCCCCUCUGCCACGCCCCUCUGCCACGCCCCUCUGUCACACCCCUCUGCCACACCCCUCUGCCACACCCCUCUGCCACACCCCUCUGCCACACCCCUCUGCCACCCCCCACUGCCACGCCCCUCUGCCACGCCCCUCUGCCACGCCCCUCUGCCACACCCCUCUGCCACACCCCUUUGUCACACCCCUCUGCCACACCCCUUUGUCACACCCCUCUGCCACACCCCUCUGCCACACCCCUUUGUCACGCCCAUCUGCCACGCCCCUCUGCCACGCCCCUCUGCCACCCCCCACUGCCACCGCCCAUCUGCCACGCCCCUCUGCCACGCCCCUCUGCCACCCCCCACUGCCACGCCCCUCUGCCACACCCCUCUGCCACACCCCUCUGCCACGCCCAUCUGCCACGCCCCUCUGCCACCCCCCUCUGCCACCCCCCACUGCCACGCCCCUCUGCCACACCCCUUUGCCACACCCCUCUGCCACACCCCUUUGUCACACCCCUCUGCCACACACCCCUCUGCCACACCCCUCUGCCACCCCCCUCUGCCACACCCCUCUGCCACACCCCUUUGUCACACCCCUCUGCCACCCCCCUCUGCCACACCCCUCUGCCACACCCCUCUGCCACCCCCCUCUGCCACCCCCCUCUGCCACCCCCCACUGCCCCGUGUUUGGACCGAGGGAGAUCCCAUUAUUACAGGAGCACUAG